AUGGCAGCAAGCAAGCGGCAAAAUGAGGGUUCCGACUCUACAGCCUCCAAAAGGGCCAGACUUAACAAGGGCCACUCAAGAGCCACGGAUCUGCCUGCGCAAGGAGCUGAAGCCUUCGACCAGGCAAAGAACACUUCGGCGGCGGAUUCAACAAAAGGAACGUCGAAGAAAUCCGAGGGGAAGUAUGGAUCUACGACUCGGAAUGCGUCUGAAAAAUCAGAAACUUUUUUAAAUGGCCAGACCUCUCGCGAAGCCCACGCAAAGCAAAAGGCCCUCGCGCAAGGCCGCAAGGCUGCCAAACCUCACGCCGACUCCAUCGCUCGAUCAAAGAAGAUAUGGGAGCGAUUGCGUCGCAAAUCCCACGUCCCCAAGCAAGAACGGGACGAGUUGGUCACGGAACUCUUUCAGAUCAUAUCAGGAAGGGUCAAGGAUUUCGUGUUCAAACAUGAUUCUGUGCGGGUUAUCCAAUGUGCCUUGAAAUAUGCGACCCCGGACCAGAGGAAACAGAUUACAACGGAGUUGAAGGGAAGUUACAGAGAGCUGGCCGAGUCCAAAUAUGCCAAGUUCUUAAUAGCAAAGAUGGUCGUGGGUGACGAUGAAAGUCGGGAUGCUGUCGUCGGAGAAUUCUAUGGCCACGUGAAAAGGCUGAUCCGCCAUCCUGAAGCAAGUUGGAUCGUGGACGACAUCUACAGGACCAUUGCAACGAAGCAUCAAAAGGCCAUCAUGCUCAGAGAAUGGUACGGCCCGGAGUUUGUGAUCUUCGGCAAGUCACAGACGGGCAACACAUCAAAAGAUGAGCAAGUAACAGGUGUACUUUCCGACAUUCUUGCCGAGCACCCCGAAAAGAGAAACCCCAUCAUGUCUCAUCUGCACGAAAUGACCAACCAGCUUGUUCAAAAGAAGACCACAGGUUUUACGAUCCUUCAUGACGCCCUACUGCAGUACUUUUUGAAUUGCAAACCUGGAAGUCCAGAAGUCACCGAAUUCUUCUCCAUGCUCCGCGAUGAUGAGGAAGGAGACAUCUACAAGAACCUCGCUUUCACAAAGUCAGGGUCUCGGUUGCUGUGUCUUUGCCUGGCUCACGGGAACUCAAAGGAUCGAAGGGGCAUACUGAAGUUUUUCAAGACGCACAUCAAACUCCUCGCGGGCGACCAGUAUGGUCACAGUGUGCUGUUGACGGCGUAUGAAGUUGUUGAUGAUACUGUGAUGACUUCAAAGACCAUCUUUCCGGAGCUUCUGAGCAAAGACCUUGAAAUUGAAGCAAGGGAGCAGGAGUUGCUCGCACAGACGGAACACCUUACCGCGCGUAUUCCACUGCUUUAUCUCAUGUCUUCUGAGGCACCAAAGUGGCUGCUAGGGAACGAAACAGCCGCAAUCAUCUCAGAGGUUCGUGAGAUCCGCAAAGAAACAUCCAAGAAGGAUCCAGAAACACGCCGCAUUGAAUUGGUGAAGAACAUUGCCCAACCUCUUCUCGACCUCAUUACACACCAAGCGCGUUAUCUCGCACAAUCGACUUUUGGUUGUCAAUUCAUUACCGAGGUAGUGUUUGGUUGUGCUGGGGUUGGUGAUGUACAGGGCGCUUUAGGUGCGAUUGCCGAUUUGGCAACCGAGGCGCCUGAAGAGAAAGAACACCAAGAAGAAACCGAUAAGAUUCUCGCUAUGCCAGCAGUGGGCCGCAUGCUCAAGGCUCUCGUGCAAGGUGGACGUUUCAACAAAACGACGAACUCGAUCCAACUGAUCGAUCCUCCUUUGAAAUUUGAUGAGUUGUUAUUUGAAAAGAUCCGGUCGACGGGCGGGGACGAGGAACUCGUGGCUUGGGCAAAUGGACCCAAUAGUUUUGUUAUUGUGGCCAUGUCUGAGGCCGAGAAUUUUCAGAUGAAAGAAGAGCUAUUGGAUGUGCUGAGAAGAAACAUGGGGAAGUUGGAAAAGGAGAACAGAGGCGCGGCAAUCAUUCUCGAGAAGAUCGGCGGCGUCGGUCGAGAGAGUGGAGUCAAGGAAGACAAAAGCUUGGUGGAUGACGCGGAGGCCAAGCAUAUGGGUGCCGACAAGGACAAGACCGAGAAGAAAAGGAGUAAGAAAGGAAAGACCAAGGCUAAAGGUUGA